AGGGCCCGUGCUGUUCCCCAUGUCGCCCACCAGCCCCGACACCAGCGGCGUCGUGGUGGGCGCUUCCGGAUACGGCUUCGUGCCCCCCGGCUCCCAAGGAGUGCAAUCAAUAUUUUUAUCAUACUUUAGAGUGUUUUAUUCAUUUCAAAAGGAACAAGAAAUUAUUAAAACUAAAAUAUUUACUUUCUGCAUGGCACGAAAUUGA